AUGAAGACGGCACCUGCCAGUGCGAAGGCGAAGCCGAAGGCAAAAUCGGGGGCUAAGAAAGCCAAGGCCAAAGCGGCACCUGGGAAAAAGAAUGUGGUAUCUAGUCCGAUGAAAUCCAUGAAAGUUGCCAGUCCCAAAGCAAGUCCUAUGAAAGCAAGUCCCAUGAAAGCAAGUCCUGUCAAAAAGAAAUCAAAGAGCACACCAGAGAAGAAAAAGAGCCCAAAGAAAAAACGUGAAGAGAAGGGAAGCGGAAGCGAAGAUGAAGAAACAAAGAAAGUAAGAGCAGCAAGGAAAAAUGCUCACCGGUUGUACAUGAAGUUUUACCGCUCUGUGAACAGCAAAGCUGAGCAGCAGACCUUAUACGAGGACUAUUUGAAACACAAUGGCAAUUGGAAAAAAGAUUUGGAGCAGUACCUCAUCCUCACAGAAGACGAGGAAAUCGCUGAAGAUGAAGACCUGAUGACGGACAUGUUUCAGUGCCGGGAGUCGGGUGGUCAGGAUGACAGCAGCACUGACGAGGGUUCUGAUAGCAAGUCCACUGACAGCACGUCGUCAGAUGAUAAGAAGAAGAAGAAAAAAAAGAAGGGUAAGUCUAAGUCUAAGGGUAAGAAUGCAAAGUCAAAGAAGUCAAAGAAAUCGAAGAAGAAUAAGAAAAAGAAAGGAAAGAAGUCCGAAAGUGAAGAUGAGGAAACAAAGAAGAUUCGAGAGAUGGAAAAGAAAGCACGAAAGGCAUAUAUGCAUGGAUGA